GGUUAAUUCUCUAUAAUUAUUUAUAGUGUUAAUAUGUUUACAAAAGCAAAAUAUUUCUUGUGAUUUUAUAUAUUUUAUUUCAAUAAUCCCAAAUGGCCUCUCGAAAAAACCGUCCUAACCUUAAACUACAAGUGACUGAUGAAGUCCCUAAACCUGUAACGCCACCGAGAAAUUUGGAUAAGAGCACGACAAUUACAAUUGAUGACAGAAAUUUCUCUGUGGCCGCAGAUGAUUUGGAAAAAAUAUGUGAUUUGGGAAGAGGGGCAUAUGGAAUUGUUGAAAAGAUGUGCCAUAAGCCCUCCGGCACAGUAAUGGCAGUUAAAAGAAUAACUGCCACUGUAAAUAGUCAGGAACAGAAAAGGCUACUUAUGGAUCUCGAUAUAUCUAUGAGAUCAAGUGACUGUCCUUAUACAGUGCAUUUUUACGGUGCCUUAUUCAGGGAAGGCGAUGUUUGGAUUUGCAUGGAGGUCAUGGACAAAUCGUUGGACCAGUUUUAUAUGCUGGCAUAUCAAAAUGGUCGAAGUAUACCUGAAGAUAUUUUGGGCAAAAUUUGUUUUAGUGUAGUGAGUGCUUUAAACUAUCUGCAUUCUAAUUUACGAGUUAUUCACAGGGAUGUAAAGCCAUCAAACAUACUUAUAAAUCGUAAAGGAGAUGUAAAAAUUUGUGAUUUUGGAAUUAGUGGAUAUUUGGUUGAUUCAAUAGCAAAAACUGUUGAUGCUGGGUGUAAACCAUACAUGGCACCUGAAAGAAUUGAUCCCAAUGGAGAUCCAUCACAUUAUGAUAUAAGAUCUGAUGUCUGGUCACUUGGUAUUUCUUUAUUGGAAUUGGCAACUGGUAGAUUUCCUUACAAUACAUGGGGAACACCUUUUGAACAACUAAAACAGGUUGUGAAAGAUGAUCCUCCUCGUUUACCAGCCGGUGUAUAUAGUGAACAAUUUGAAAACUUGAUAGAACAAUGUUUACAAAAACAAUUUGAACGUAGACCCAAUUAUCAACAGUUAUUGCAGCAUGAAUUUUGUGUGACCCAUCGAGAUAAACCAACAGAUGUUGCAUCAUUUGUGAAAGAUAUACUAACGUUUGAUACAGUACAAUAAAUUUGUUCUUACUAAUAUUUAGUAUUAAACUAAUAAAUUAUAAUAAUGUAGUUAACAUAACUUGCUGCUGUUAGAUUUUUUGUAAGUUAUAAUCCUGAAACUUGCAAGAUUUGUUUUCAAAUGUUAAAAUUUAUAUAUAAAAUCAUAUUUAACAUCAUUUACAUCAUAUAACAUGUAUAUUUUGUUUAAAUAAAACCUCAAUUUCUCG